UGUUUAUCCUCAGUGUUUUUCUCUCUUGAGUGUUUGAGUGUUGUCUCUGUGUAUUUUAGUGUUGAUGAUGGAUGUGAUGUGCUGUAAAUCAGGAACUGAUCAGGACUUACAGGAUGAUGAAUCUACUGAUCAAACCUCCACAGAGUCUCUGGAUUCUGUCUGUAACGCUGGAGAACAGCAGCAGAUCCUGCAGACCAAACUCAACAUGUGUUCAGUCAAACUCAUCGACUGUGGAAACCAAACUGAGAUUAAAACACAAGAGGAAAAUCACACGGAUGAUGAUGGUUUUCUUACGUCAGAUGUGAAGAGUGAAUUAUGUUUGUAUGGAGAAAUAACGUCCUCAAUAUCAAAAGAAAGACAUUUAGAGAGACAUGAGAGAAAACACACAGAACCGAAACUCUUCACCUGCAGGAGAUGUAAGAUCAGCUUUACUACCUUACAAGAAGAGAAACUUCAUUUGGAAGAGCACAGAGAGAAGAAAAAGAAGAGGCAGUUUCACUGUCAGCAGUGUGGGAAGGAUUUUGUUGUCUUAUCUAAGCUGAAAGUUCACAUGAAGACACACAAUGGUGAAAAGUCUUUCUACUGCACUGAAUGUGGCCAUUACUUCAGCACCAAAGCAAAUCUUGAUUCUCAUCAGAGAAUUCACACAGGAGAAAAACCACACGAGUGUCCUCACUGUGAGAAGAGAUUCAGCCACAAACAUACUCUGAGGGCACAUGUGCUUUUACACACCAAUGAGAGACCGUAUACGUGUAGUAAAUGUAAAAAAACCUUUAGGCAUGCAAGUUCAUUCAAAUCACACCAGAAAAUUCACUCUGAAGAGAAACCAUAUCAAUGUUCACACUGUGAUAAACGUUUCUGUAAGAAAUAUAAGCUGAUAGACCAUGAGAGAAUUCACACAGGAGUGAAACCUUACUUCUGCUCUCAAUGUGGUAAGGGCUUCUCUUCUCAAAGUUAUGUUAGACUUCAUCAGAGAGUUCAUACUGGAGAGAAACCUCAUCACUGUAGUGUUUGUGGGAAGAGUUUUAGGCAUCGGCCUAACUUAAUAAAGCACCAGAGAAUUCAUACAGGUGAAAAACCUUACAAAUGCUCUCACUGUGAGAAGACGUUUACUGAGUUAAAUUCCUUAAAAAGCCAUGAGAGAGUUCACACAGGAGAGAAACCUUACGUCUGCCCUCAAUGUGGGAAGAAAUUUUCUCAGUCAUCUCAUUUCAGAGUCCAUGAGAGAGUUCACACUGGAGAGAAACCUCAUCACUGCAGUGUUUGUGGGAAGAGUUUCAGUCAACAUGAAAAUUUAGUUUCACACCAGAGAAUUCAUACAGGAGAAAAACCUUAUAAAUGCUCUCAGUGUGAGAAGGCUUUUGCUUAUAGAGCUUCCUUAAAAGUCCAUCAGAGAGUUCAUACUGGUGAGAAACCUUACGUCUGCUUGAUCUGUGGAGAGAGAUUCGCUUAUCAUGGAGGCUUUCAAAUUCAUCAGAAGAAACAUACUUAAGUACAAACUACACUGAAAUCAUCAUAAUGACUGUUUGAGAGUCAGUCAAACCCAGUGUUUUAGAGGUCAAUGUCACAUUGAGUUUUCAUGUGGUUUAGUGUUGAAGUGAAGCCAGUGAUUUCUGAUGAUAUUUCUGUCUUCUUUAUUGAAGUCGUUGUGUUGGGAGAUCAAAGGUUUUGGCUUUGAUUCUCUAAGAACACUCAUAACAUGUACACCUUAAAUGCAAUGUAAGUCACUAUAAAUUAAAGCAUCUGCCCAAUAUCUACAUAUUAUAAAAGUCUAAAUAUUUAAUUUAAUACGUCUGAGUAGAAACAUACAUUUGUGAUUUAUUCAUUUAUUUCAUUCAUUGUUAAUUCAUUUUAUCAUUCUGUUUUAUUUUUAUAUUAUACUCAUUACAUUCUUUCUAGUUGUUCUAUUCUACAUUAUACACAGUUCUUUCUGGUACUUGAAUCUGAUUGGCUGAUAGCCGUGAGAUAUUCCACCAGUGUCAGCACUUUUUUCCACUUCACCAUUUCCCAUCUUUUACGUAUCAUUCAGCCACUACUGUUUUUAGAAUGAGUGUGGGAGGCGUGAACCAGUCCAGCCAUACAGUCACUACUGUGUUUUUUUUUUUGGUUCUUUAAGAAAAAUGCUUAAGCCGUGAGUUUUAUUUUCAAACAGAAUUGACUUAAUUGUCAGACAUAAAAGCCAAGCUAGUUUUGCAGAACCUUAUUAGAACCAUAUCAGGGUAAUCCAUGCAGUUUUGUUGUAGCAAUAUCCAGAUGUAAAACUUUAUAAACGAAAAUAACUUGCUUCCGGUAAUGUCGCCAUCUUAGUCGCGUCCGCAUUCAGGAUGAGAGCUUACGCAGCCUACGGAGGCUACUCUGCUGCUGCUCUGUGCCCCCGUCCUCCGAAUUUGUCAUACGUCACUAAGAAAAGUGCGCACACUACGCUAAUACUCUCUCCUGAAUACAGAGGAGUCUAAGAUGGCGGCUAACCCAUGGCUAUGUACACUGUCUAACACAGUGUACAUAGCCAUGGGUUAGAAUGAAUAGAAAAGGAUAAAAAAGAAAACAAGUUUAUUAGCAAGUGCGGUCUUGGCAGAAUAGAUGGAUUUAACCGAUUCUUAAAGACUGCUACAGAGUCAGCAGAUGGUCACCAGUGGUAGAUCAUUCCAAAGGUGAGGAACAGAACCAGAGAAGGUUCGCAAUAGUGAUUUUUUCCCUUUUUGGGACGGCACCACAAGCUGUCGCUCUGUGGCCGAGCCCAGAGAUCUAGAAGGUGCAUAAGUUUGUAUAAGCGGUUGAAGGUAAGGGGGUGUUGACCCAAUGGUGCUUUUAAAGGCCAGGAGCUGAGCUUUCAAAUUUGAUGUGAGCUGCUUUAGGAAGCCAAAGUAACCUGACAAAGAGAGGAGUAAGAUGCACCUACUUUAGCGUCACUCUGUACUAGUACAAGAGCCUGGACUAGGACUUGUGUAGCAUGUUCAGAUAGGAAAGGCCUAAUUUUUCUAAUGUUAAAGAGUCAUCUGCAUAGCAGUGGUAAGAAAAGCCAUGUUUCCGUAUGAAGAAACCCAAGGAUGUCAUGUAUAUAGAAAACAGCAGUGGUCCGAGUACUGAGCUUUGAGGUACCCCUGCACUGAGACAUUGGGGUUCAGAGACAUCACCUCUUCAGGAUACUCUAAAUGACCUACAUGAGAGGUAAGGCCUUAAACACAGUAGUGCCGUUCCAGAGACACCCAUAGUCUUAAGGGUCGACAUGAGGAUGUGGUGAUUGACAGUGUCAAAUGCGGCGGAUAGAUCCAGUAGGAUCAGAACAGAUGUUUUGGAGGCUGCCCUCUCCUGCCUUAGGGCUUCAAUGACUGAGAGAAGCGCAGUUUCAGUGGAGUGACCGCUCUUGAAAUCAGACUGAUUGGUAUCCAGGAGCUUUUUUGUGUGAAGAAGGAGGAGAGCUGGUUAAAAACCACACACUACAGGCAGGGAGUGCAGAAUUAU